UGUAUCUAUCUAUCCAUUGACUUAUUAAACGAUCAAUAAGUCGAUUUAACCUCACUUAUAUUAAUUUCAAUAGAUAUUUUCUGAUUUUUUUCUUAAUACUUACUUAUAAUAGAUACUGAUAUUAAUUUUCCUUUGUAAGAUUAAGAGUAAAAGACAAUGACUAAACUUAUGGAAUGGCUUUGUGGAUUAUUUAUGUUCAUCGGUGUUUGGUUUUAUUUACUUACAUCUAAAAAUCAAACAUCUCAAGAAUAUCAAUUAAUAUUAUUUUCGCCAGUUAUAUUGGCAGGUAUUUUUGGGGUUUACACAGCUUUUGUGAUUUUAUAUAGAGUUUAUACCUUCAAUAAUUGCGAGGAAGCAGCACAUGAAUUGCAAAAAGAAAUACAGGAGGCCAACAUUGAAUUAAGUAAACUUGGAUUCAAAUCUCAAGAAAAUCCUGAUAAAAAGUAAUUAUUUAUGUAAAUCUUUAUACAUAAUUUGUUUUUAUAUAAAUGCAUGUUAUAAUAAAUUCAAAAUUUUA